AUGGCGAGUAAGAUGGACGAGUUGAAGGGAAUGAUCGGAGAAAUGCAAGGAAAGAAAGGAACUCGCAAAUGCACUUACAAAGAAUUUAUGGCGUGCAACCCAUUACCUUUCAAAAGAGAAAUUGAUCCUAUAGCAUGUCAAAGGUCGAUUGCAAGUACUGAGGCGAUGUUUGUAAGGAGUCAUUGUGAAAAAGAGGAUCAAGUGAUGUUUGCCACUGGGUUGUUACAAUUCCAAGCUAAAGACUGGUGGGAUGCUUAUAGUAAAGAGACUGGGGAAGACAAAGUUCAAGUCUUGACGUGGCAAGAGUUUAAGGAACCUUUUCUAAAAUACCACUGUCCGCAAUCUGCCAUUGACAGAAUCCAAGAAGAUUUCCUACAUCUCCGACAGAAAGACGAAACCAUUGAUGAAAUCACCAACAUUUUUCUCGACAGGCUGAAAUUCUGUAAGGAGAUAGCGGGAACAGAAAGAAUGAAGAUAAACCGCUAUCAUGGUAUGUUGAAGGCGGAGUAUCGGGAGUUCAUAAUUCCCGCUAAAUGUGAAACCUUGAAUGAACUCAUCAACUUGGCCCGAGAUAGGGAGAUUGAGCUAAGAAAACAGGCGGAGAGAGGUGAGAAAAGAGUGUCUGAGAAUGCUUCCAGCACGAGUCCGUCAAAGAAACAGAAAUUUCAAGAUCAGGGCAAGAAGGUUAAAGCGAAGGGUAGCAUUCCAAAGUGCAAAACUUGUGGAAAGUUACAUACGGGGGAGUGCUUGAAAGGGAAGAAGGGCUGUUACAAUUGUGGUCAAGAGGGACAUCCAUACUAUAGGUGUCCUAAUCCUUCCAGAACGUGCUACAACUGUUUCCAACUGUAA